CUCCACCAUCCGCCACAGUUGACUGACAGGACGGGCAGACACUCAACACGACGACCAACACACUGAAAACACCGCCUGUUCACCAUGGAAAGAAAAGUGGCCAGGGAAUUUCGGCAUAAGGUGGAGUUGCUUAUUGAUAAUGAAGCGGAGAAGGACUACCUUUAUGAUGUUCUUCGCAUGUACCAUCAAUCCAUGGACCUGCCUGUCCUGGUUGGUGACUUGAAGCUGGUAAUAAAUGAGCCCAAACGCCUUCCUCUGUUUGAUGCCAUCAGACCCCUGAUUCCUCUGAAGCACCAAGUGCAGUAUGACCAGCUCACGCCCAAGAGAUCCAGAAAGCUGAAGGAAGUUCGUCUAGAUCGCACACACCCCGAGGGUCUGGGUUUGAGUGUUCGAGGAGGAUUGGAGUUUGGCUCUGGUCUCUUCAUAUCACAGAUAGUCAAAGAUGGACAGGCUGGAAAUGUAGGCCUGCAGGUUGGCGAUGAGAUUGUGCGCAUCAACGGUUACUCCAUCUCUUCCUGCAUUCAUGAGGAGGUCAUCAACCUCAUCAAGACCAAGAAGACUGUAUCUUUGAAAGUCCGCCAUGUGGGAAUGAUUCCUGUCAAGAGCUCCUCUGAUGAGCCUCUGAAGUGGCAGUUUGUGGAUCAGUUUGUUUCUGAGUCAGGGGAGAAGAGUAACAGUAUUGCUGGCUUGGCUUCAGUUGGAGGGAAUGAAAUCAAGGAAAAGAAAGUGUUUCUUAGUUUGGUGGGCACCAAAGGCAUGGGAAUCAGUAUAUCAAGUGGACCAACAAAGAAACCAGGCAUCUACGUGAGCAAUGUGAAGCCAGGUUCACUCUCAGCUGAAGUGGGCUUACAGAUUGGCGACCAGAUUGUAGAGGUCAAUGGGGUGGAAUUCACCAACCUGAGUCAUCAAGAGGCAGUGCGUGUGUUAAAGAGCAGCAGGAGUCUAACCAUCACCGUACUCACUGGAGCUGGAAGUGAGCUGUUUAUGACGGAUGAGGAGCGGUUGGCAGCUGAAGCUCGACAUGAGCUGGACAGACAGGAGUUAAUGCAUCAGAAGAAAGUGGCAUUAGAGACCAACAAAAUUGUCAAAGAACAACAGGAGAAAGAACGCCAGAGGAAGAUGGAGAUAUCUCAGAAGGCUGCAGAGGAGGAAGAGCGCUAUCGCAAAGAGAUGGAAAGAAUUGAAGCCGCUGAGAGGAAACACCACAAAGAGUGGGAAGAAGAUUGGGGCUCCAAGGAAAAAUCCAAAUCUGUUUCCCCAGCCCCUUCUCCAUCCCCCCCACCACCCACACGUCUCGCACCUUCACCCAAACCUAAAACCUCCACAUUCGGUUGGUUCUACCGCUAUGAAGGAAAGUUGCCUACACUCAAAAAGAAGGGAAAAGAAACCAAGAAGAAGAAGAAGAUGUCCAAGACUGACACUCUUCCAACUGAGAAAAAAAGCAAAAAAGAGAUGGAGUUUGAGUUGAAACUUGCAAAGGAGAAGGAAGAAAUACUUGAGCGAGAGAAGCAGAUGAAAAUCAGCAGGCUUCUGCAAGAGGUGUCAGAAACUGAGAGGGAAGAUUUGGAAGAGUCUGAGAAAGUGCAGCACUGGGUGGAGAGGCUCUGUCAAACCAGACUAGAGCAAAUCUCCUCGGUUGAAAACGAGUCUCCAGAGAUGUCUCCAACACGCUCCCCGGCAUCAACUGGUCCCACCAGGCGGAGGUUCCCUGGUGGCUUGACGUUGGCCACUACUGAUCUAGAUGACAUCAACUUAGAUGAUGUGGAUCAGAGUCUAAGGCAGCCUUUAAAAAGAUUAGCCCCAACUCCACCUACAUCCAAUCAACCUCCACCUCCCUUACCUCUCCCUCCACCCUCACCCCGACUUUACCACUCAAACACCCAUCGACCCCAAUCUCCAAGAUCACAGCACCCAAUGCAGCCAAGGCCAGCCCCUCAACGUCCACCUUCCCCACCAGCUUCAAGGGUGCCCCCUUCCUCAAUCGGUCGUAGCCGGCCUCCACCUUCUGCCCCACUAUUCUCCUCCAGGGGUCUAUCCUCAUUUCAGCCACCACCCCCUCCUCCACCACCACCUCCACCUCCACCCCCACCUCCUCCACCACCACCUCCCCCACCCUUGCGCAUGGAUGAUAGGUACCAUGCAGGGCCUUCCAGUUAUCCCCGCUCCCCAAGCUUAUCUGAACAAGGAAACAGGUUUGGGGACAAUGGUACCUGGCAGAGAGGAGGAUUCCACUCCACUGUCCCCAGCGAACUUUCACGCCCUUCCAGCCCAAAGGUGAUGAGAAACACAUCUCACGCUAGCAGGAUAUCAACUUCUAAUAAUCCUCUGCAAAUAGCCCCCAGCCCUCCAACCCAGCGGAGACAGAUCAACCCGGUCAUGUCUAAACCAGUCAUGCUACCAAGUCAGAUCUCGCAUAGACCCACACUUCGUUCUGAGACCAUGCCCCCAGAGAUGCUCAAACGGAUGGUCACGUACAACACGUCCUUUAAAUCCAGCAAGAAACAAGUAACUGGAUUUCAGAAAUACGUGGAUGAUUUUGAUCCACAUUCCAUGUUCACAGCCGAACAGAUAGCAGGCAGAGAUGUGCGACUAUUAAGAAUUAAGAAGGAAGGAAAGCUUGAUCUGGCCAUUGAGGGAGGGAUUGAUUCUCCAUUGGGAAAGAUUGUGGUGUCGUCUAUCUAUGAAGGAGGUGCAGCAGAUAAACAUGGUGGGGUCGUGUCGGGUGAUGAGAUCAUGGCUGUGAAUGGAAAGAUUCUGACAGAUGUGACUCUAGCUGAAGGACAGACCUCAAUGGCUCAGGCCUGGAACAGUGGAGGGGACUGGAUUGACCUGGUCAUCGCAGUGUCUCCACCAAAGGAAUAUGAAGAUGAGGUCUCUAAAUCAGCAUCAGUCAGACCCACUGCAAAGAAAACGGUUUUUCAAGGCAGUGCCCCUGUGUACAGACAGGGAUACGUCCUUCAGAUGAGGACCCCACCAUCCCCCAACGUCAUCAGCCACUAGCCCGGUGGUAAAAUCCCCCCCAGUGUGCAUCAUGUA